AUGAAAGAUAAGAUAUCCAAGAGAUCUCAUCAAUCAUCAUCUACUAGUGGUAGUGGUAGUGGUACUGGUAAAUUGAAAUUGAAAUUGAAAUUCAAUUUGAAUGUUCAACCAAUUCAACUUUCUACCAAUCAACCAAUCCUUCAAUUCGAUUCUAAUAGUAAUCCAUCAUCAGCUAAUCAUCAUCAUCACUCAGAAAAUCAUUUAUCUUCUUCUUCUGCUUCUGCUUCUUUACCAAAAUCAAGUGAACCGAUUCCAAUCUUGAAUCGAAUUUACCAUCAUUUGAUUUCAUUAAAGUCAAACAGAUUAUCAACAGCAACAACAACAAGAACAACAACAAGCAGUAGCAUUAUUAUAACUGAAAACCAAACUCAAGCUGAAAUCGAAACUGAAACUUCAACUAUCACUUCAACUUCAUUGAAUUUCAAUCUAACCAACAACAGUCAAUCUCAUUCUAGUAGUAGUACUCCUACUGAUUACUCUUCAACUCUCUUCUCUUCUACUUCUCUUUCUUAUCACCAUCAUCUUCACUUCUCAAACCAUUCACCAUUCUCUUCUGCUUCUGCUUCUCCUGCUUCUGCUUCAAACUGUACUUUGAUCACUACUUCUUUACCAUCUUCAACUGAUCUCAAACCUAAUCUAAAAUUAAAUCAUCAAUUCAAUUCAAAUUCAAAUUCAACUUCAAAUCAACCUCAACUUCAAUCCAACGAAAUGAUUUAUUCUUCUUUACCUCCUUCGACUACUAAUCUAAAUCAACAACAACUACCUAAUUCUUUAUUAUCCACUCAGUCUUUGGUUCCUUCUGUUCAGUCUAAUGUCAAUUCUAAGUCUAAAUCUAAUCGUCCUCUUUCCUUUUUCUCUUCUCUUUCUAUCAGACCUAGAUCUAGAUUACUUUCUAAAAAUCAAUCCAGUCUUACACUUUCUACCCCUUAUUCAGUUUCAUCGUCACCUCAAACCUCCUCACCCCACAUUUCGAACAGUCCAUCACUUAGGGGUCCUAGUAGAGUAGUAGCAGUUGUAGGCAACAUUCGGUUUGGUAUAGGUCGUUUGAUUGUAGAGGAUCUCGUCCGAUCAAAACAUAUCGUAGUAGCUCUCAUCGAUCAACACGAUGCUAAAUUCAGUAAAUCACUCGAAUCUUUGGCUCUCAGUCCUUCACUCUUUCAUGCUUUUUCAAUCUCAGCACUCUUUAGUCAUGAUUUAUUACCCACUCAAUACAGAACCAAUGACUCGCAAAGCAAUGUUCAAUUAAACCAUACUGCAACUUCACCUCCCAUCUCGCCCACUUCCUCCAAUCGUUUCAAAUCAUUCAAACCCAUUCGAAAACGUCACACGCUUCAAACCACUAGUUCAGAACCUAGUCAUAUCAAUACCUCUGAUCAACCUAGUGUCGAUCAAGGAGCCGAUCGUACUCGUUUAUUGGCCAUUGCUGAAAUCAAAAACGUCUUGCAAUCUUAUAGAGUAGAUACUGUGAUUUGUUGUUUUGAACCGAUUCCAAGGGAAGAUACGCCAAGAUCAAUCAUCAGACGAGAAUCUGAAAAACAAGAUCAACUUUUACCACCUGAGAUUGAAAGAUCUCGUAUUGAAGCUAUGGAAUCAAUUGUUUUGAAAGCUUGUAAAAGUUCAGGUCAUGUAGGACGCUUUGCAGUUUGUGCACAUGGUCCUAGAUUAUCUCCUUUGACUCCAAUUCCGUCUCAUACUCCAUAUCAUCAUCUCAAUACCGAAGGAUCACCCAUCACCUUGACUGAAUUCAGAUGGGGUUUCUUGAUGAAUGAAUUGGCGGCUGAUGAAGCUAUCAGAGAUGGAUUAACAGGUGAAAAUGGAUUAGGGAAUUGGUUAGAUGAACCUCCCAAGGAUCGAUGGAUGAUUGAUUUUGAGAACAAAUCAACUCGAUUACCUUCUUCGAGUGGCACGGGUCGUGAUAAAGGAAAGGAAAAGGUGGAACCUGUUUGUUUUACUUUGGCAGAAGAUGUGGCUAGGUUUGUGAGUUUGGCUUGUAGGUUGAAAACUGAGUGGAAAUGGGAAACAGGCAUGAUGGUGGGUGAUAAGAUUAGAGGUGGAUGGGAAGAAGUAGUCAAUCUACUUGAAAACGUCUCGCGUACCAAAUACAGACGAGAAUAUUAUCAAAAGUUAACGAUUGAUCAAAGUCCAAAUUCAUCUAAAUCAUCAAUAGAUCAAUACUCAUCCCAUUCUAAUCAAAACCAAAAUCAAACCAUGACGAAUUUUGAUGAUGUACUACGAGGGAAAUUAUCUAAAGAAGGAUUAGAUGCCUCAUCGGUCAGAUUGAUUGAAUUCUUUAGAGUUUGGUAUUCACCUCUACCUAAACCACCUCAAAUCUUAAUCGAUCGAUCUGGAGGAAGUCAUCGACAAUCAUUACAAACCGUUCAAAGCAGACGACAAAAGAAUCGAAGUUUAUUAUCACCACCACCACCACCCUUACCGAGUAGUAAUCUAAACAAAUCUAGUUCACCUACUCUGAGUCAACAUUCUUCAUUGGUUUCGAAAAACUCUUCACCUGAUUUAAGUUUCACACCGGGUUCGAUGAUCAGUCAGAAUUUCAGUAAACGUAGUUCGAAUUCGUUACCUACUACACCUUCUUCUUUGAAUCCGAUCGAAGCUAGAUUACCUGCUUCGGCUCAUGAAGUGGUGAUUGUUGAUCGAAACUCGUAUAACUUUGUACCUCAUUCUUUUUCGCCUUUUAAGUUUGAUGAUUCGAUUGGUAAUCAACCGAUCACUAGUUCUCCUUUGGCUCAAAAAGUUUCUUGA